AUGGCUCAUCGUGUGAUCUUCUCACUGCUUUCACUCAUCCUUCUCUACCUAGCAAAUACAUCACAGUCUUACCACCCAAAGGUUCAAGCAUUUCUGCACCCUAUUUACAAAGACAAGGCCACAAAUCUCUACUCCUUGCCUUUGACCGUCGGCUCGGAUAUCCGCAGCCGGAACUUCCUCAUUGACCUCAACGGAGCCGCGCCGUUACUACUAAACUGCGCCACCGCCGCUAAAUCCACCUCCUACCACUCCAUAAAAUGCGGCUCCACAAGAUGCAAAUUCGCAAACCCUAAUUUUUCAUGUCCCAAGAACACCACCAAGAAGCCCAUGUGUCAUAAAUACGUCUCAACAUCGUUUUCGGAUCGACCAGUCAAUGCUAGGCUCCUCCGAGACACUUUUGGCUUACUAUACACACCUAAUGGAGUAUACUCCAUGGACGGUGAAAAGAUCUCUACGUUGACUCUGACUUGCACUGACGAUGCUACUGCCUUGAAACCUAUCCCUAAGGCUUUUGGUGGAUCCAUCGGUCUAGCUAACAACCACUUAUCGAUUCCCUCGCAGCUUGUCUCUAUGUACAAUCUUCCUCUGAAGAUGUCUCUUUGCUUGCCUUCCACGGAAGGUAUGAAGUCUUAUCACAAUGGUGAUUUUUGGAUCGGUGGAGGUCCUUUUUUCUAUCUCCCUUACCUUAAAGAUGCAUCUAAGAUCUUUGCCUCCACGGCUCUGAUCGGUAAUAACAAAAGUGAAUACUUAAUCGAUGUGAAGUCCAUCCAAGUCAGUGGAAAGACUGUUCCUAUACUCGGUGGACCGACAAAGAUCUGCACUUUGGCUCCUUACACCGUAUUGCAAAGUUCAAUUUACAAGGCUCUGGUCACAGCCUUUGUUGGAAGUGUAAAGAUGGCUAAAGCUCCUACGGUGAAGCCUUUCAGUGAGUGCUUCCACUCCAAUGGAAGGCGUGGAGUUCCAGUGAUAGACCUGGUGAUGAGUGGAGGGGCUAAGUGGAGGAUCCAUGGUUCGAAUUCUCUGGUGAAGGUUAAUAAAGAUGUGGUUUGUUUAGGGUUUGUGGACGGAGGUUUGUACCCGAAGAAUCCGAUUUUGAUAGGAGGUUUUCAGAUGGAGGAUAAUUUGGUGGAGUUUGAUCUUAAAGCUUCCAAGUUUUCUUUCUCUUCUUCUCUUCUGCUUCAUAACACUUCUUGCUCUGUUUCUAGGUUAUUUGGUAUGUAAUGCACAUAAUCUAUAGCCGAUGUUUUUUAAAAUAAAAUCUAUAAUCGAUGUUGUCAAGGCAUAAAUAUCCUUUCAAAUAAACU